AUGAGGACAGUCUUUAGAUACGAGUCUUCCAGUUCUGUGUCUCCUCUGCAGUCUCCCAGUUCUGUGUCUCCUCUGCAGUCUCCCACUUCUGUGUCUCCUCUGCAGUCUCCCACUUCUGUGUCUCCUGUACAGUCUCCCAGUUCUGUGUCUCCUGUGCAGUCUCCCAGUUCUGUGUCUCCUGUGCAGUCUCCCAGUUCUGUGUCUCCUCUGCAGUCUUCCAGUUCUGUGUCUCCUCUGCAGUCUCCCAGUUCUGUGUCUCCUCUGCAGUCUCCCACUUCUGUGUCUCCUGUACAGUCUCCCAGUUCUGUGUCUCCUGUGCAGUCUCCCAGUUCUGUGUCUCCUCUGCAGUCUCCCAGUUCUGUGUCUCCUCUGCAGUCUCCCAGUUCUGUGUCUCCUCUGCAGUCUUCCACUUCUGUGUCUCCUCUGCAGUCUCCGAGUUCUGUGUCUCCUGUGCAGUCUCCCAGUUCUGUGUCUCCUCUGCAGUCUCCCAGUUCUGUGUCUCCUGUGCAGUCUCCCAGUUCUGUGUCUCCUGUGCAGUCUCCCAGUUCUAUGUCUCCUGUGCAGUCUCCCAGUUCUGUGUCUCCUGUGAUUUAG